UCCCGCGCACAUUUGAAAAAAAGAAGAAAACAACCAAGGAAAAAGUUCGGAUAUUUAGCCUACAAAUAACGCUAUUUUUAUAAGCUGUAUCCCACAUUGAGCUUCUGAUAGUUCUAUUGAGAAGAAAGGAAGCAUUUUAUAUCAUUUUUUUGCGAAAAGUCGUUGAUUUGAAGCAGGACUUUGAAGAAAACUCAAAAGCAAAAUGGCGAUGCAAGAACGACGACGACAGCAAGCACGGCAACAAGAAGAAACUAUGGAGGAAGCUGAUGCUGAACAAAGCGGUCCUUUGUCGAUCCACAAAUUAGAAGAACAUGGAAUAAGUGCAAGUGAUGUGAAUAAACUUGUUGACGCAGGCUAUCAUACAAUAGAAUGCAUAGCAUACACCCCAAGGAAAGCCCUUCUUGCUAUUAAAGGCAUUAGUGAGGCAAAAGCAGACAAGAUCAUCAAGGAAGCUUCAAAGCUUGUACCGAUGGGUUUUACGACAGCCACAGAGUUUCACAUGCGAAGAUCAGAGCUUGUCAUGAUCACCACAGGAUCUAAAGAGCUUGAUAAACUAUUACAAGGUGGGAUUGAGACUGGUAGCAUUACUGAGUUAUUUGGGGAGUUCCGUACGGGGAAAACACAGCUCUGCCACACUUUAGCUGUCACAUGUCAGCUUCCAAUUGAUAGUGGUGGUGCUGAAGGGAAAUGUUUGUACAUCGAUACUGAAGGCACAUUCAGACCAGAGAGGCUGCUAGCAGUGGCAGAAAGGUAUGGAUUGUCUGGCCAGGAAGUGUUAGAUAAUGUAGUGUACGCUAGGGCAUUCAACACAGACCACCAACAAGAUUUAGUCGUGGAAGCUUCUGCAUUGAUGUCCGAAUCAAGAUUCGCCUUAAUGAUUGUUGACAGUGCUACUGCCCUGUACCGUACUGAUUAUUCAGGCCGUGGAGAACUUUCUGCUCGUCAAAUGCACAUGGCAAGGUUCCUUAGAACUUUACUUAAAAGAGCAGAUGAGUAUGGGGUUGCCAUAGUGAUCACCAAUCAAGUGGUCGCCCAGGUGGAUGGUGCGUCAAUGUUUCAAGCUGAUCCCAAGAAGCCCAUUGGAGGGAAUAUCAUGGCUCAUGCUUCAACUACUAGGCUCUAUUUCAGAAAAGGUAGAGGAGAGACAAGAAUUUGUAAAAUCUAUGACUCCCCUUGCUUGCCUGAGUCAGAAGCAAUGUUUGCUAUUAAUGCUGAUGGUAUUGGUGAUUCUAACGAUUGAUGCUGUGUGUG